ACCGGUAGGUGCGGGACUGCGCAUGCUCGGAGUGCGGACGCGAUUGAAACCGGUAGGUGCGGGACUGCGCAUGCUCGGAGUGCGGACGCGAUUGAAACCGGUAGGUGCGGGACUGCGCAUGCUCGGAGUGCGGACGCGAUUGAAACCGGUAGGUGCGGGACUGCGCAUGCACGUAACGUAGAGGGAAAUUUGAAAUGGCGAACGAGUCGGAAAUUGGAGUUUGUGAGGCGACGGCUCACAGAAAGGAAGCAGAAACUCUUCGGGAGUCCGGGACCGAACAGCAAGAGGAGAAAGAAGGCCCGGAGCUUGGAGUCGAUCGACCGGGAGAGGGAGAAGGCCUAGAGCCCGGAGUCCACCGACCGGGAGAGGGAGAAGGCCCAGAGCCGGGAGUGCACCGACCGGGAGAGGGAGAAGGCCCAGAGCCCGGAGUCCACCGACCGGGAGAGGGAGAAGACCCAGAGCCCGGAGUCCACCGACCGGGAGAGGGAGAAGACCCAGAGCCCGGAGUCCACCGACCGGGAGAGGGAGAAGACCCAGAGCCCGGAGUCCACCGACCGGGAGAGGGAGAAGGCCCAGAGCCCGGAGUCCACCGACCGGGAGAGGGAGAAGGCCCAGAGCCCGGAGUCCACCGACCGGGAGAGGGAGAAGGCCCAGAGCCCGGAGUCCACCGACCGGGAGAGGGAGAAGACCCAGAGCCUGGAGUCCACCGACCGGGAGAGGGAGAAGACUCAGAGCCUGGAGUCCACCGACCGGGAGAGGGAGAAGACCCAGAGCCCGGAGUCCACCGACCGGGAGAGGGAGAAGGGUCGGAGCCUGGGACUGGACGGGAGGGAGAGCGUCUGGAGAUGGGGAUCGGCGGGCUGGAGAAAGAUGACUUGGAGUCGGAGGUCGGCGAGUCGAUAGGGGAUGGAGGCUCGGAACCCACGGAGAGACAUGAAGUAAGGGCGGUGUCGAUGAGUGAAGCGAAGCUGGAGUGUCACAGUGUGAUGGUCCCUGGGAGGUGCUGCUGUAUUGAGGCUCGGGCGGAAGCAGAGCUGCCGGUGUUGUUUCCUGGCCAGGUGACUCGGAAAAGCUGCUGUCGCCUAGUAUGUGAGCUGUUGAAACACGUCUUAUACCAGCGGCAGCAACUACCACUACCCUACGAUCAGAUGGCUUUUUUCACCAAGAGAGAAUGCCCCCCCGAUAACUGUUCUGUGUUAUCACGAUCGAUAAAAAAUGAACAAAGUAACUGCAAGAAAUCUCAGAAAAUGCUGCUGGAGCUGGACGAGGUUUUUCAGAAUUUAGAGGCCAUGUUUACAUUGACAUUUAUUCCUUGUGUGCACAUACUAAUGGGUGGCAGUGUUGUCAACCCAAAAGAAAUGUAUGAAAUCAACAUGGAGCAAGUUGCUUUUGGAAGCACCGAGGAGAGCCUAAAAACAAUCUCAUGUAUCCGUCAACUUUUUCAUGCACUCUUUGUCAAGGAUCUCUUCAAUGAGUUGAAAUCUGUUCCUCUUAUGAACACUGUGCUUCUUGUCCAAGGUCACAGGAAUUGUGGGAUACAGUGGUUUCGACCCAAAUUGAACUACAGGGCUCCAAAUCGAACCAGGAAGCUGAUUAUCCGUCUGGCCUGUGACACUAUGAGUUUAACUUUGGCUGAGAAGCAGAGACCAAGCUAUAACCAUGAUGAUUAUAUCUGGUUUCAAGCACCCAUAAUCAUCAAGGGAUUUCAGUAUCAAUAAUAAUCCUAGCUGCAUCUAUUUACAGUAAUUGUGUGGUUUUAAACGGGGCUCGAGUUUGGGCAGCUUCUUCUGUCAGUGGCAAUGGUGUGUUGUUGCUGUAAAAACUUGAAUCCUUUCUAAAUGAGUUUUUUUUUCAGUACAUGUUUAGAGGUGUGCUGUGUUUGAUUGCAACCUUGGGCAGGAAUACUGAUUUUUUUUUAAAUGCGGAGGAUAAUUGUAAUUGCUCAUGUCUGAUUUAAUUUCUUGCUUUCUGAGCAGCAGUGGGCUAGUGCCAGCUGUGCUGAAAGGUGGUAAUAACUUGGUUCACUUUUGGAAAGGUUCCAGAGGGCAAGAUUAGGUUCAGCUUUGAAACUCUAAUCCGUCACAAUCAGGAAUGGAUCCUGAUUAAAGCACUGAAGGCAUGGAGCUGUCUGAGGACCAGCCCUAAGAAGAAUCAACAUGUUUGGAAGUGCGAUGCUGUCCAAAAAGGUUCCUCUUUACUCUGCAUUUAAUAACUAUAUAGGAAAAGACUUAAGUAUGCAAAAUUAGUGAAAGAUCAUUGUGAGACAUUGUAUAGCAUUUUCAUCCAGUUUUCAUAUAUGGUGCUCAA